GGCCCGGCGGGGCCGGAGGAGGGCGGUCACCGGCCCGCGGCCCGCCCCUCUGGCCCCUUCAGCUGCCGCGCCGCCGCCGCUGCCCAGCCGCCAUGAGCGGGGCGCAGGGCGCGGCGGGUGUAGCGCUGCGGGCGGCACGGCCGCUCUGGCUGUGGGGGGUGGCGGCGGCCGUGGCGCUGGGCGCCGUGCUGGGAGCCUGGCGGUGGGCCGGCGGGAGGAGGGCGGCGAAGCGCCGCGGCCGGCUGCAGAGGGUCGGGACGGUGCUGCGCCUCACCGUGUACCCGGUGAAGUCGUGCCGAGGGGUGGCGGUGCGGCAGGCGGAGGUGACGCCCAUGGGGCUGCGGAGCGGGGAGCUGCGGGACAGGUUUUGGCUUGUGAUAAAGGAAGACGGGCACAUGGUCACAGCUCGCCAGGAGCCGCGGCUGGUCCUCAUCACUGUCGGCAGUGAAAAUGGGCACUUGACUUUGGAAGCCCCAGAAAUGAAGCAGGUGUGCGUGCCAGUAAAGCUCCCCAGGAAAAACCCCGUGCGGAACUGCAGAGUGUUUGGACUGGAUAUCCAAGGCAGAGACUGUGGAGAUGAAGUGGCUCAGUGGAUCACAACUUUCUUGAAUUCAGAACCGUAUCGACUGGUGUACUUUGAGCCUUCCAUGUUGCCAAGGAAGUCGAAGGACAUAAUAAACCUUUUCCGAACCACAGAUGAGGUUGCCUAUCCAGACUGUAGCCCAGUCUUGAUCAUCUCAGAAGCUUCACUUGAAGAUUUAAAUACCAAGCUGGAGAAGAAAGUUAAGAUAGAGAACUUCAGGCCCAACAUUUUUGUGACAGACUGCAGUGCUUUUGAGGAGGACACCUGGGAGGAGAUCCUUAUUGGUGAUGUGGAGUUGAAAGGGACAGUGUGUUGUGCCAGGUGUAUUUUAACGACUGUUAACCCAGACACAGGAGUCUUGGACAGGAAAGAGCCCCUGGAAACGUUGAAAAGUUACCGCUUAUGUGAUCCAUCAGAACGACACCUAUACAAAUCCAGCCCUCUCUUUGGAAGAUACUUUGCUGUUGACAGAACUGGAACAAUUCGAGUUGGAGACCCUGUGUACAAGAUGGUCCAGUGAUGAGAGAAACUUGUAUCAGAAGAUUACUGUUUCGCUUCGAUAUGCAGAUUGGUUUCCUGUAAACACUGUCACCAGCAUAACUUCUUCAAAUUCCUUGCAGUAUCUUUUGUGCCAUAUUCCUUUGUAAGGUGCAGUGGGGUCUUUGGGGUUAUGUAGUGACAGUUAUUUCAGCUCAUGUCUUCUACUAUUGUAACUAUAGCAACCAUUUCUUUAGAUUUUCUGAAGACUGUGACUGAAGAAACUGUAGUCCCAAAACAGACUCCACAACACAAACGAAUAUUGCACCUCCUAAAAUUUUCUGUCAAGCUUGCUGCUAGAAUCUGAAAUUACAUACAAGGCCUGUAUGUCAUGUAUUAGUUAAAUUCAGUGUCUACAAAGAACCACGAAUCAGUCAUGCUGGGUAUGAAGUAAACACAUCGGUCAAUGAGCUGCCUUUACAAGUGACCAUGGAGUGCAGAUGGCAAGGCUCUGUCUUAGACUCCACCUUUCUUUGAUCCUAACCAUCUUAAGCUAUCUAUAUCUGGACAUGUGGUUUUGCAGUGUUUCUUACCUUGCAGGUGUUUCCUGAAUAUUACCACUGUCUUCUGUGAUUGGAGCAAUAUCAGAAGGAGAGGGAUUGUUAGGUGACUAAAUGCUGCUCUAGCCUAGAGGGGGGAUCACUUCCUAACAGUGUGUAAGACUGUAUGCUUGUUUAGUUUAUGACCACUGCUUGAUAGAGUUUGAACCAUCAACAACUUCUCCCAUGAAGCACACUGUAACACUGAGCCUGUAGAGUAGUGAUGCUUUUACUGCCCUAUGGGUAGAUGUUCCAGUUCACAUAAGAGAAUUAAGUUGUUCACUGGGUCAGAGACCUUAAGUACGUUGGAGGGGAAGAAGACCUAUUGUGAGUGACCUGUUUUCCAGCCUGUCCAAGCUGAUGUCCAAGCCAGUGUUGUAGGCAGGGCUCUGGGUUCACACAUAGUUCCUUUCUGAGUUAGUGAAUCUCGUUACAAGAAUUCAGGCUCCUAGGCAGGUGUUUGGGAAGCUGCAGUUUUGGACUGAGUGUGUUAGCAUCCUUACUGAUUGCCCAUUUAGAUCUCUGGAUGGCCUCCAUUCCUGCCUCUAUGCUAACAAGAGUGUCAUCUGUUUGUAGAAAACUGGUAAUUAUAUUUUCUGCUGUAUUUUAUACUGCAUAAACAGAUAGGGGAGGAAACUAGCUGGGUUAUGGCAGUAGUAUCUUUUCUUUAGAUAGGAGAAAAAAGUGGGCUCCAAGACAAAAGCCAGCCAUCUUUCAGGUGCUUGUCUACCUGUUGCUUUGGCAUGGAUUAUUAGAUCUAGAAAGACUGUUGAGCUAGCUUAUAAAAAGGGAUAUAAUUAAGUGUGAAGGAGGGCAAAUCAUGACCCAGUUUGGUGUUUGGAUUCUCUUUUAUUGUGAAUAUGAAACUGGAUUUUUGCUGCACGUUCACAGCUCAGACCUGUAAAAUGAAGGUCCAUUGUGCCUUUGAGCAAGCUCAGAUGGAUGCAAGUAGAAAGUCUGAAGCAGGCAUAUGGGGAAGGUAGUUUUCUGUAAAUUGAGAGCUUAGAGAUGCUCCAAAUGUCCUUUGGUUAGCAGAGUGCUCUCUUGGUGCUAGGCUUUUCUGUGACAAAGCCUCCAGUUUGGAUUACACCUUGUGUAUUUGUGUCUUGUGAACUAGUGAGAGGAAGAUGGAGAAAAAGCAUCUUCUAAAAAGGAAAAGAAUCCUGAGAUUUGCUUUCAAAAACCACAUGCUGAAGAUCCCUGAUAUCAGAAGGUGCAGCCUCAGGGAACUCCUAUUGGUAUUACUAAGCAACCUGCUGGGCUGCCAGAACAAUUAGUUAAUUGUGUCUCCUCAUUAAUUCAAAAGAGUGGAAGGAAAGAGAACUGAAUUUUGCCUCUAGCCAUACAUUUUUUCCACUGUUGUUUUAGUACCACGGUGAGAUUACAUAACACAGAUUAUGUAGUAUAGAUCAUGCUGCUUCUUGCUAGGCUAGCAUCAAUAGGGCUAAUUUGGAAGUUGGGCUAUCUUUCCAAUGAGAAACUGCACCUGUGUUUCUGUGAAGAAAAUGCCAUGGAUCUAAACCUCUGAUACAUCUCUGUAAAAUCCCCUUUGAAGAAUUUGGCUAGAAUUCAGGUGUGUAUCUGAGGGCAACAUAUCUCACAAACGACACUUAAAUCUGUUACAUGAUCAAAGAGCAUCAUGAGGGGAAGUGGAGAGCAUAGACUGAGAACAAUAGAAUCUAAAUGUCUUCAUCUAAGUGCUGAACUGCUGUAACUGUAGGAAUUGUAUUUGAUUUUGUUAAAUCCAUUUAGAGAUUUGACUUAAGUCACAGGUUUUUAAAUUCUGUAGUUGUAAAAUGUUAAUUGUGUUUUAUUUCUUUUUAACUUGAAGAAAAAAAUAUAAACUUCUAUUGAAUCCAAA